UCGGUCCUUGAUAGGGGCUGGCGGCGGUGGCGCUCCUGGGCUGGCCCGGGGGUCGCUGCGUGGCCGCUGCCUGCAAGCAGCUUUCUGCUGCUUCCUUCCCGCCCUGCCGCAGGUGAUCUUCCGGGUCCGCCAUCCCAGGCGGGCGGCAGUCGCCUUGGGCGAAUGCGUGUCUGUGACGGGGGAAGGGCACGUGAAAUGGCCGCAGAUGACAAACGGUCUCCGACACUGGACUCUACCGGUGAUCUACCUCAUUCUCCUAGUAGUCCGUCUCACCUCACUCACUUCAAACCCCUGACUCCUGACCAGGAUGACCCUCCUUUUAAAUCAGCUUACAGCUCUUUUGUAAAUCUCUUCCGUUUCAGCAGAGAUGAUGGCAGGCUUUCAUCCCCGGCAGAGAGAGCAGAGGCAGGACAGAGUGAUCCACAGGUGUUGAGCAGCGGCUGGUCCAGUCCUCAACAUCCCACCAGGGCUCAGUCUCUGAGGUCGCCGGUUCCUUACAAAAAACAGCUGACUGGUGAGCUGCAAAGAAGAUCUUCUACAACCCUGGACAAUCGAAGGAAAGUUGAACAGCCUCUUGGAGGUCAUGAUCCUCGAACAGCUGUUCAGUUAAGAAGCCUCAGCACUGUUUUAAAGCGUCUCAAAGAAAUCAUGGAGGGGAAGAGCCAGUUUGUGGCAGCUUCUGAAGGCCCUGGAGAUUUUCAGACAUCUUUGAAGGACAGUGACUUGAAGCAGUACUGGAUGCCUGACAGCCAGUGCAAAGAAUGCUAUGACUGCAGUGAGAAAUUCACCACCUUCCGGCGGAGGCACCACUGUCGACUUUGUGGGCAGAUCUUCUGUAGUCGAUGCUGCAAUCAGGAAAUCCCUGGAAAAUUCAUGGGCUACACAGGGGAUCUCCGAGCCUGCACUUACUGCCGCAAAAUAGCCUUAAGCUAUGCACACUCCACAGACAGUAACUCCAUUGGAGAAGACUUAAAUGCUCUGUCCGAUUCUGCGUGUUCUGUAUCAGUGCUGGAUCCCGGCGAGCCACGCACACCAGUUGGGAGUCGUAAAGCUAGCCGCAACAUCUUUCUGGAGGAGGAUCUAACCUGGCAAAGUUUGAUUCACCCAGACUCUUCAACUACCACGUUGUCUGCACGCCUUGGGUCUGUCCAGGAGGAUGCAGGGAAGUCGCCAGCUAGGAACAGAUCAGCCAGCAUCACUAACCUGUCACUGGAUCGGUCAGGUUCACCAAUGGUGCCUGCCUAUGAGACAUCUGUCAGCCCCCAGGCCAGUCGCACACAUUUGAAGGCAGAGACCAGCGAGGACGAGCGCAAAAUCCUUCUGGACUCAGUCCAGCUGAAAGACUUGUGGAAGAAAAUCUGCCAUCACAACAGUGGGAUGGAGUUUCAAGACCAUCGCUACUGGCUCCGGACGCAUCCCAACUGCAUUGUGGGAAAAGAGCUGGUCAACUGGCUCAUCAGAAAUGGGCACAUAACCACAAGGGUCCAAGCCAUUGCAAUAGGACAAGCGUUGGUUGAUGGACGCUGGCUAGAAUGUGUCAGUCAUCAUGAUCAGCUCUUCAGAGAUGAGUAUGCUCUCUACAGACCGUUACAGAGCACGGAGUUCUCGGAAACCCCAUCUCCAGACAGUGACUCGGUGAACUCUGUAGAGGGGCACUCGGAGCCAUCCUGGUUCAAAGACAUAAAGUUUGAUGACAGUGACACAGAGCAGAUUGCUGAUGAAGGAGAAGAUAACUUAGCCAACUCCGCCAGCCCUAGCAAGCGCACUUCAGUCAGCAGCUUCCAGUCCACAAUGGACAGUGAUUCAGCCGCCUCCAUCAGCCUGAACGUGGAGCUGGACAACGUGAACUUCCAUAUCAAGAAGCACUCCAAGUACCCACAUGUGCCCCCUCACCCUGCCGACCAAAAAGAGUACUUGAAUCCUGAAAACGGAGGGCAGCAGAUGUUCUCUAUAAGUGAUGCUUUUAUUAAAGAGUCAUUAUUCAACAGGAGGGUGGAGGAGAAGUCCAAAGAACUCUUUUUCACGCCCCUAGGCUGGCACCACAGCAAUCUGGAUCUGCUGAGAGAAGAGAAUGGGGAGAAACAGGCCAUGGAACGGCUGCUGUCUGCUAAUCACAACCACAUGAUGGCACUGCUUCAGCAGCUUCUAUACAAUGAGUCCCUGUCACUGUCCUGGAGGGAUAUCAUUGUACCUGUGGUCUGCCAGGUAGUUCAAACUGUACGGCCUGAUGUCAAGAACAGAGAUGAUGACAUGGAUAUCCGCCAGUUUGUCCACAUCAAAAAAAUCCCUGGUGGAAAGAAAUUUGACUCCAUGGUGGUGAAUGGAUUUGUUUGCACUAAGAAUGUUGCACAUAAAAAGAUGAAUUCUUGCUUAAAAAAUCCCAAAAUUCUUCUGCUGAAGUGCUCAAUUGAGUACCUCUAUAGAGAAGAAACAAAGUUUACCUGUAUAGACCCUAUAGUACUUCAGGAAAGGGAGUUCCUGAAGAACUACGUACAGCGGAUAGUUGAUGUCAGGCCUAAUUUGGUCCUUGUUGAGAAGACCGUGUCCCGAAUUGCCCAGGACAUGCUCUUAGAGCAUGGUAUCACUCUGGUCAUCAACGUCAAGCCGCAAGUCUUAGACCGGGUAAGUCGAAUGACCCAGGGAGACUUAGUGAUGUCAAUGGAUCAACUGUUGACCAAACCGCGUUUGGGAACCUGUCAUAAAUUUUAUAUGCAAGUUUUUCAGUUGCCUAAUGAUCAGACAAAAACCCUGAUGUUCUUUGAAGGGUGUCCCCAGCACCUGGGUUGCACCAUCAAGUUGUGUGGUGCUGCAGAGUAUGAGCUGGCCCGUGUGAAGGAGAUCCUGAUCUUCAUGGUCUGUGUGGCUUAUCAUUCCCAGCUGGAAAUAUCUUUCCUUAUGGAUGAGUUUGCCAUGCCCCCUACUCUGACCAAAAACACCUCCUUUCACUCCCUUAUUGAGGAGCCAGGAGAUGAAAAUGAACAACAGAACCUCUUCAAUGGUGAGGAUUUCAGCACAGCAGUCAGAGACAUUGAACUAUCCUCUGAAAAGCUGUCUGUAAUCUCUGAGUCGGUGUCCUCUGAUGAGGUCAGCUUGCUUGAACAAAGAGGUUUAUUUGAGAGAGGUGACCAAGAGAACAGUCAACUGGAAAUGGCGUCCUCAAAACAUCAAGAGCACCACAAAGUGGAGUCACUGUUUCCAGUAUUCAACUCUGUACCUCCUGGAAUACCCGAAACAUCCCUGCUGCCCCUCCAUGGUAUGGACCAGCACUUGGUCACUCUGGAUAGCCAAACUUUAGAGUCUCUUCAACAGGUGGAUGAUCUACAGGACUCCAAGAGUCAGAUGAGAGUCUUUAGAGACCCUCUCCAGGAUGAUACUGGUUUAUAUGUCACGGAAGAGGUAACUUCUUCUGAGGAUCGUCUCAAGACUUACUCUGCAGCAUUUAAGCAGGAGUUGAAAGAUGUCAUUCUCUGUAUUUCUCCUGUAAUGACGUUCCGUGAACCAUUUCUUUUGACUGAAAAAGGCAUGAGGUGCCCUGCCCGGGAAUACUUCCCUGAGCAAGUUUACUGGUCUCCUCUCCUCAAUAAGGAAUACAAGGAGUUGGAGAGCAGAAGGAAGAGACAAUUAUUGCGGGAUCUCUCCGGACUACAAGGGAUGAAUGGGAGUAUCCAAGCCAAGGCUAUCCAAAUCUUACCUUCUCAUGAGUUGGUUAAUACUAGAAUAGCAGAACACCUAGGUGAUAGCCAGAGCUUAGCCAGAAUGCUGGCUGACUAUAGGGCCAGAGGAGGGAGGAUACUACAAAAAACCACGGAUCCCUUUGCCCAAAGUAAGGAUGUGUGUAGUGUCCCUACUGGAAAAACUGGGUGCAGAAUUGAAGAGGAUGAGAAGGGACUGGCUCAGAGCGAAUCCUCAUGGUCUCAUAAGGUGGAUUGCCUGAGUCCAGUAAACCAUCAGAGGCUCUGUGUUCUCUUCAGUAGCUCUUCUGCUCAGUCCAGCAAUGCUCCAAGUGCCUGUGUUAGCCCCUGGAUUGUGACCAUGGAGUUCUAUGGGAAAAAUGACCUGACUCUAGGGAUUUUUCUGGAGCGCUACUGUUUCAGGCCUUCCUACCAAUGCCCCAGCAUGUUCUGUGAAACACCAAUGGUGCACCACAUUCGUCGCUUUGUUCAUGGGCAAGGCUGUGUGCAAAUUGUGUUAAAGGAGCUGGACUCCCCAGUCCCUGGGUACCAGCACACCAUUCUUACUUACUCCUGGUGUAGACUGUGCAAACAGGUGACACCGGUUGUUCCCCUUUCCAAUGAUUCUUGGUCUAUGUCUUUCGCAAAAUACCUUGAGCUGAGAUUCUAUGGGCACCAGUACACUCGAAGGGCCAAUGCAGAGCCUUGUGGUCAUUCCAUUCACCAUGACUAUCACCAGUAUUUUUCCUAUAAUCAGAUGGUGGCAUCUUUCAGCUACUCUCCAAUCCGGCUGCUUGAAGUGUGUCUUCCACUCCCUAAGAUCUACAUCAAACGGCAGGCUCCAUCAAAGGUUACUAUUUUGCAGGAUCUCAAGGAUUUCUCUCAAAAGGUGUCACAAGUGUAUCUUGCUGUUGAUGAUCGCCUUGCUUCUCUGAAAACGGAUACUUUCAGCAAAACAAGAGAAGAGAAGAUGGAAGACCUCUUUGCCCAAAAGGAGAUGGAAGAGGGGGAGUUUCGAAACUGGACUGAGAAAAUCCAAGCAAGGCUGCUUUCAUCAUCAUUAGACACACCUCAACAGCUGCAAUCUGUUUUUGAGUCUCUGAUAGCUAAAAAGCAAGGACUUUGUGAGAUGCUACAAGCCUGGAAUAAUAGAUUGCAGGAUCUCUUCCAACAAGAGAAAGGGAGAAAACGUCCAUCAGUACCACCCAGCCCUGGGAGACUGAGGCAAGGUGAAGAAAGCAAGAUCAGUAGUAUGGAUGCUUCCCCCCGCAAUGCUUCUCCAGCACUGCAAAAUGGAGAGAAAGAGGAUCGUUUCCUGACUACUUUAUCAAGUCAGAGCUCCACAGGCUCCACUCAUCUUCAGCUGCCCACACCUCCAGAGGUUGUAUCGGAACAUAUGACUGGUGCCAACACACUGUCUGAACAGGAUACAACAAGCAGCUCAGAAGAUGUGUUUGAUGGACACUCACUGGGAUCUACAGACAGCCAAGUGAAGGAGAAGUCUACUAUGAAAGCUAUUUUGGCUAACUUUUUGCCUGGAAACAACUAUAACCCCAUUCCAUUUCCCUUACCUCUUCCGAGGGUUGGACUCAAAUUGACAUUGUCUGGGUGUAGGUCAGGUUCAAUGGCUACUGCAUGUGCCCUCAAGUACCCCUCUCAUGUGAAAAUGGGCAGACUGGAAAGUCUUUCAGCUACUUGUGACCCAGAUAAGCACUACCUAAUGUAUGAGCAUGAACGUGUACCUAUUGCAGUCUGUGAGAAAGAACCAAGCUCCAUCAUAGCUUUUGCUCUCAGUUGCAAGGAGUACAGAAAUGCCCUGGAUGAGUUGUCCAAAGCAUCUCUGAAGAACAGUUCUGAAGAAGGACUGCAGCCGAACAGCAUGUCAGACAGCAAACCAAAGAGCAGUAGCCCUGUCCGGCUGCCUGAGGCUAGCAUGGGUCCUUCAAAUCGCAAUGCAGAGUCAGAACAGCCAAAGAAACCAUCUGGUGUUUUGUCUUUCUUCCGUGGCACGGGAGGGAAGAGCCCAGACCUGUCUUCCCAGAAGAAAGAGACCUUACGUGGUGCUGACAGUGCCUACUACCAGGUUGGACAGAUGGGCAAAGAGGGAGCAGAAAACCAAGGAGCAGAGCCUCAAGAUGAUGUAGAUGUAGGAGAUGGACAGAAGAAACAGCUGGUGAAUCCCCAUGUGGAACUCCAGUUUUCAGAUGCGAAUGCCAAGUUCUACUGCCGGAUUUAUUAUGCUGGCGAGUUUCAUAAGAUGCGUGAAGUGAUACUGGGGAGCAGUGAAGAGGACUUCAUCCGAUCCCUCUCUCACUCUAUGCCUUGGCAAGCACGAGGUGGCAAAUCUGGGGCUGCGUUCUAUGUGACUGAGGAUGAUAGAUUCAUCUUGAAGCAGAUGCCUCGUCUGGAAGUUCAGUCAUUCCUUGACUUUGCUCCACACUACUUCACUUAUAUCAUUAAUGCAGUUCAGCAGAAGAAGCCCACAGCUCUGGCCAAAAUCCUUGGGGUAUAUCGAAUUGGAUACAAGAACUCUCAAAACAACACUGAAAAGAAGCUGGAUCUGCUUGUCAUGGAAAACCUUUUCUACGGCAGGAAAAUGUCUCAGGUUUUUGACCUGAAGGGCUCCCUCAGGAAUAGAAAUGUUAAAACAGACACAGGCAAGGAAAGCUGUGAUGUAGUCCUGCUGGAUGAGAACCUUCUGAAGAUGGUCCGGGACAAUCCUUUGUACAUCCGUUCCCAUUGCAAGGCUGUGCUGAGAGCUUCCAUACACAGUGAUUCCCAGUUCCUCUCGAGCCACCUCAUCAUUGACUAUUCCCUGCUGGUGGGUCGUGAUGAUACCAACAAUGAACUGGUUGUUGGGAUCAUUGACUAUAUUCGCACUUUUACCUGGGACAAAAAGCUUGAAAUGGUGGUGAAGUCAACUGGCAUCUUGGGAGGACAAGGUAAGAUGCCAACUGUGGUCUCUCCAGAACUGUACCGGACCAGGUUUUGUGAAGCUAUGGACAAAUAUUUCCUGAUGGUGCCAGACCAUUGGACAGGACUGGGCCUGAAUUGCUAAGCUAAAGCCCAUAUUGGGAAAGCACAAGAGGACAAUGACAUUACAGUCCACUCUCUUCCUGUGGUCUGUCCAACAGUAAGCAAGAGGAUUGCAGUUCCAUGUCUACACUGACCGUGUGCGUCAUGUUGUGAAGUGUGAAAUCUGCGUGUUGCACUUUAAUCCUCUCUUGGAGGCUGAUAAGUGAACCAGCCUCACUAAGUAUCUAUGCUGUAAGGUACCACUGAACAGCAUUGAUAAGAGACAUUCCCUCUGUCAGUAGGGAAGGUGGCGCUAUCUCUGUGUAAGAGCACUGAAACAGAUACUAUCCAGUUCAUGAUGGUGUAGAAGUACAUGAUCUCUCUUAAGUCUUGCACUGCCUAAGUGGUGUUGAAUACAAGCAGCUCAUGUUUCUGUAGUGGAUACAUGGUACUGCAAAUGUGAAAUAAACCCCCCUCUGGGUGGGUGGGUGGGUGAGAGAAGAAUGAAAUUAAUUCCUGACUUUUGCUAUUAUUGUCAGUGGUCUGUAGUUGACCUGUUUAGGAUCCUUGAAUAACUUGUCCUGCUUAUGGUCUGUAACUUCAAUUUUUCCUGGGUUCUGUAAACAUGGGGGUUUUUUUUGGUUUUGUUUGUUUGUUUUUUUAAAAGACAGCUCCACAGCUGUAAUGCCAUAUCACUACAUCUUUUAAGUUAUAUUACUGCAGUACAACUCUGUCUUUAUCUGUCAUAAUUUCAUUUUAGCUGAAUCCCAUAAAAAUGGGUUGUCAGUCAUCAGCAUACUGCAAAACCCAAAACAUAUCCCUUCAGUCCUAAACAGUACUUUAAUCUGAAUGUUGCCCAAAUCCCUGGAAACAGGUAACUAAAAAAUAUAUCCUUUAAUUUAACAAGACUUGAUUAAUUACAGUUAUGAAGCUGAUUAACCCUUUCCUUAGCAGAAGGCACUAAGUUGCUAGACAAAAUGAAGCAUACUGCCUUAGAGUGACAACUUUCUCCUUAAUGAAACCAUCAUUCCUGGCAGAUAAUUUCAAAUCCAUUUCAGUUCCCCAGGACUUUCAAACAAUGCAUUUACCUCAUGGUGAAACUUUGCCGGGAGAAUAUUUUUCUUGCAUGCAUGACAUCCUGAUGAGAAUGAGCAUCCAGAUCUCAUCACACUGUGCAGUCCCAAUGGAAAAACUGUUUCUUUAGCAGUAUUAGUUUUUUUUUUUUUGCACCACUGAGAUGAAUGUAGUUAUGUUUUUCUGUAAAAAGAAAAAACUGAACUAACAGGUAUCUUGUAUGAUGGACAAGAUGUGCAGAGAUGUGUGAAUCUCUUAUGUUAUGACAAUAAGCACUUCUUUCCAUUUUUAUUAAUUUUUACCUGGUUUUGUAGGUGAUGAAUUUACUUUUUAGCUUCGUUAUAAUAUAGGCCAGUAGAUAAGAGAGUUUUUUUUAUGAGUUUGAGAGGCAAGAAUACUGUUCUUUGACUUCCAGUCUCUGAUGGAAGGACUUCAAACGAACAUGGAGUCUGGGAGCUCUUUAUGACCACUUGCUCAUUCUGACCAGUUGCCUGGUAAUGCCAUCUUCACUGUAACUAUGGAUUGAAAUUUGCAUUUUGUUCGCUUCUCCUGUGUUCAGUAUUUUCUUCUGCAGCAGAUGGUGGUGACUCUGUUCAGGAGCAACAGCUGGGCAGUACUGAGAAUGGAAAAUGGCAGCAGUGAGAACUGAACUGUUGGCUCCAAAAACAACCAGUGCAGCUCAGGUCUGAGCUUCCAGGAGGCAACAGUCAUUUGUGUUGGAAGAAGUCUUCCCCACCCCACUGCAAAGCCCUGCUGGAGAAUAAGCAAAGAUGCUGACCUUGAAGCAGCAGACAUGAAAGUAUUCUCACUUCCUCUGUACAAUGUAAUCAUUGUUUCUGGGGGUGCAGCGUUGAAGGCUGCAGUGAUAUGUGCUGUGGAAAGAUGAUGCAGUACUUCUUGCUUCCUCUGGCCCAGAAUCCCUUUGGUCCAACACAGUGCAUCAGAGGCUAAGCCACCUGCUCUGCAGCAAUUGCUCUGUUGGAAGUUGCCAGCUUUGUGUGCAGUGUAAGCAUGCCUGUUAUGUCUCUAUACCUUGCAGCUUGUCUCUUCUAAUGGAGCAGGACCUCUGGGCAGCUUUCCAGGUCAGUGGCAGCAGAAUGUGCAAAUAACCUUUCAUGUACUUCUCCCACCUUCUCCCCAGCUGCUCUUCAACACACAGUGCUGUAUGAGACAGGGAGCCAAUUUAGUCCAGCAGAUGGUGGUGUUGCUGUGGCACAAUUCUUGCAACAGGUAGAACACAUUCCUCAGGGAAAAUCUCCAGCUAUUUACAUAGUCUUCUCUUAAGUGGACUAGAUAAAGAAAAAACCUAAGGAGGUCUGAAGAUUAAUGGCAUAUCUUGAUUGCUUUAUAUUAACCUGGUAUAUAGUAACCUCCUCUCUUAAAGCUAAAAAUGAUGUGUGAUUAGUUUUGGGGAAGGGACUUGUUGGUUCCUAAAAUUCAAAACUCAAAAUGUAAAACUUAAGGAUUUUACCUGUAUUAUGUGCCAUCACUGCUUUUGCCAGCUGAGUUCGAGUUUUUAUCUGCUGCAGUAUGAAACUACAUCAGAAGCUGUCCUACCAUAGGGGUGUGAGCAAGGCAAAAAGUGGGAUACUCAAUUCAGGGGCAGUGCUGCCUUAUGCUGGUGUAAGGUUGAGUGGUGGGACUUGGGGGCUUUCUAGCAUGAUGUUGAAAAGCACAAAUGCAGGGUUAUCAGAACAGUGUUCCUCUAAUACUUGGAAGUGGGACUGCCAACACCUAGUAAAGGACAAGAGUUUGUGCUCUAAGUGAAACUUCUUUUGGUUGGUGCUGAAGUCAUCAGCAUUAGAAAAUGAAAUGGUAAUUGCAUGUGUUUUCCACUGAUGUAACUGAUGCUAUGAGACAUUGGUCAACUUCCCCACUACCACCUUGAUUUAGACAAUACUACUAUUUUAAAAAAAAAAAAAAAAAAGAAAAAAGAAGAAGUUGGGAUUCACCAUCUUGGUCUAUGCUGUAAUGUCUCAAUUUGAGUCCUAUGGUGUCCUAAUGUGAAGAUAUAUAAGCAACAGAGUACUUCAGUUUUAAUGUGGAGGUUUUAAGUCAGUGCAGAUACAGAGUAACUUUGCACAAGAAUUGGGAAAAGCCAGGCCAUCCCUCAUUUCUUCCUGUUUUCAGGACACAGAACUGGAAAUCUGGCACGCAAGAGAUUCAAGAUCCAGCUGUGCUAGACACUGAUACUAGCCUAGUAUUGCCACUAAGGUACUAAAGUAAUAACAAAACAGGAAUCUAUGGUCUCCAAGCUCCUGCUGUGGAGCCUUGGUUUGUUAUCAAAUCUCUGUAAGAAACAAAAAGAAGCAAAAAGAAAACCACUUAAUUUUUUGGUGAGAGGAGGUUUGUCUGUAUCUAAAUGUGUGCCUGGAGGCAGAGCCUGCUUCUCAAAAGAUGAAGGAUGACAGAAACAGAAUGGUGUGUUUUGGCUGCCAGAAACAGAAGAAUCCUGCCUUCAGCUCUGAGGAUUUUGUGGUGCUUCUUCUAUGAAGCUGACAAAGAGAAGGUGGGAGAAAGAGGCACAAACCAACACUGCUGAAGUUAAAAAGAAAAACAAGAACAUCCCAAACCAGGUAAGAGUGUGCUUGUAGCUGAAGUAGUAAAUUACUGAGAAAUACUCCUUACUGUUCCCUAGAAGAGUUUGGCCUUUGGUUACCUGCACAUGAUCCUGGAAUUGCAGUCUUGAGUGAAGUUUCGUGGACUUUGUCUUCAAAACCAGAACUUCAUGUAUUACAAGGUUCCAUAUGUUGUUAUUUCUGCUUGGUAUAGGGACAAAAUAAUUUAAAAGUUUAUUGCAGUUAGGAAGCUCUUUUCACUGAAAAGGUAGGUGUGGGGAAAAACCCACUGAUUGCUGUAUAGUUACAGCAGCAGGUUAUAGAUUGUUUUGUUUUGCUUGUAAAAUGUAAGCUGUUUGAGGGCCUGCAGGAGACCAGCUCCUAAAUCAUCACUGCUGACUGCUGGAAAUCCAGUUUUCCAAUUCAUCUAGUGCAAAGGCUGGCUAUGUGUUUGCUGAAAUUAUCUCUCAGGAUAUAAAAAUUGUAAGAGAAAAUGUGAUCUUAGUAGCAGUUCAUUGUUUUCUGGGUGUCUAAAUGUGCUCUGAAUCUACCUCUGAAAAGGUGGAGGGCUGAAGUCCCAUAAUAGCUGAAUAUGUACUUCAGCGAGGACAGGUAUCUUUUCUGUUAAUAUCUAUGGUGAGUAAAAAUACAAUGGCCAUAUCCUGCUCCUUGUCAAAGAAAGGCUGUUUUUACUAAGGGUCCUGGGCCUUUGAAAUUUGUUUCCCAGUUUCCAUCCAAAAUAGCAAGAAUGGAGCGGUGAUCUUGGUAUGUCUGCACAAAACCAUUGUACAUAUUUUUUUUGUGAUAUGAACAAAGUAUUCUUUUUCUUUUAAGUUUUCUACAGUGAAAAUAAUUUUUUAAUUCCACAUUAUCUGCUAGUUAGAUAUAUUUCUAUAGUAAAGUGUUUAUAUAGAUGUAAUCCAUAGUAAAUAUUCUAUAGUAAAUUAUGGUUGAAUAUAGUAUAGUAUUUGAAUAGUGAUUACUCCAAGUAUAGCAACAUCAGAAUUCAUGACUACUAUAACUCUUAUUUACUUGCUUAGUUUUGGGGGAACCCCCCCUACUUUCUUCUAAUAUCUCUCAUCAGUAUUUGGCUAGAGCUGUCUUGUGUGCUUGAGGUUGUCUGUCAAAACAGCAGACAGCUCCGUGUUCCUAUCUCAGAGCUCUCUUGCUUUCAUUGGCAAUGGCAACUCUGCCCAUUCUUGAAUAACACGCCAAGCCUAGUAGCUCUAAAAAACAAAUUAAUGAUAAAUAUUUUCAUAUGCAGUUUCUGUAGGCACCCUUAUUUAUAUGCACAGAAUAUACAGCAAAUGAAGGCAUACGUUAAGGAUUGAAUCAAAGGCAAUUUAAUGACUGAAGCUGUUUUUACUGAAGGUACCUCCAGAAAAACAAUAGGCAGUUUAACUGUUUGCUGCUUUUGAGUCAGCCCUGCUUCUCUGUUGAAAGGUAACCGCUGAGUGGGUGACCGAUGCAGCUGAGGAGCCAGCGCAUACUCACUCCUAGAGUCCCUGCCAACCUUUGCAGAAACAGAAGGCUGGGAUCACUGACCUGGUACGCUGCUCCAAUAUGGAUCCCUGAGAGGGAACACUUACACAGUACUGUUUAAACCUCAGAGCAAGCGCUGAACUGAUGUAGUAAUGCCAACCUGUGUUAAAGGUGCAAAGACAAUCAGUGAUCAAAAUACUGAUGUCCAUGUUGAAUUCUGUAACAGGUAUUAAAAUGACUAAUACUAAUUUACACCAGUAUCAUUUGUUAGUGUACUUAGUGGCUUCUGAAGCUUUUCAGGUUAGGACAAACCGAGCAGUUAAAACUUGGUUGUUUUCCAGGCCCAAUAUGAUUGGGGAAGUAGGGUACCUGCUUGUACUCAGUGACUGAUCUGGAGGUAAUUCUAACUUUAAGGGCAUGUAUGCUGUAAUUUAAGAUGAAAUUUAAGAUGAACCUGGCCUACAGUUUGCUGUCAUAUGAUGUUUCGUGUUUUUGUCUCGCUGUCAUAUUACACAAGGAAUUGUGCACUGAGAUGCUCCGUUGUAAAAUAAAGUGUUUACAUGUUUAUGCA